CAUCAUCCGAAGAAGAGUGGCUUACUAUAGCAAGAGAAUUUGAGACAAAAUGGAAUUUUCCGCAUGCUAUUGCAGCAAUGGAUGGGAAACAUGUUAUAUUACAAUCGCCUAUAAAUAGUGGCAAUGAUUUCGAUUGUUACAAAUUGUUUCCCAGUAUAGUCCUAUUUGCUUUAGUUGACGCCAAUUAUAAAUUCCUGUAUGUAGAUGUUGGUAGCAAAGGUCGUAUAUCAGAUGGCGGUGUGUUUAAAAAUACCAAUUUAUAUAAAAAACUUGAAAGAAGGGAACUUAAUAUUCCUCCGCCAGAAAUCUUACAAAUACCUUAUGAAACUGCAGUGCCGUAUUUUAUUUUGGCCGAUAAAGCAUUUGCAUUGGAUGAGUACACAAUGAAACCUUAUGAAGGUACUCCAAAUCGAGGUUCAAUGGAAAGGAUCUUUAAUUACCGACUGUCCAGAGCAAGGAGAGUUGUGGAAAAUGCUUUUGGCAUUUUAAGUUCUGUGUUCAGAGUAUUGAGGAAGCCCAUACUAUUGGAACCAGAAAAAGCUACAAAAGUCGUGUUAACUACUAUAUACUUAUAUAACUACUUGCGAAGGGAUCAAGAGGCCUCUCAAAGGUUUACUGCCCCGGGAUCAUUUGAUGUCGAAGCUGAAGGAACAAUAAUACCCGGGCGAUGGCGGCAGGAUACAGAAAUGUCAUCAAUGCUACCUAUUCGAGCUAUGCCACGGCGAGGGCCAACAGAUUUAAAAGAAAUACGUUCACAUUUAGGGAGACAUUUUAUUACAAAUGGAGCAAUUGCUUGGCAGAAUAAUUAUCAGUAAAUACUCACGUCUUCAGGUAAAGUAUCUUGAGUAUUUCCUGGAUGGUUUCUAUCGCCCAGGAAGCUGAAAGCUUCAUAGGCGUACCAAUUUGAUUUAUAUAUGUCACCACGACCUGUAAUAAAUAAUAAAUUAAUUAAAUUUGUACGACUGACUAUAAAUAUGUAAUGACUGUACGAAAACAUAAUAAUAAACAUAAACAUACCUGAUCCUGUGA